AAAACUGCACAGUUUUAAAAGCUCCCGGAUCGGAUCGGCGCCAUGGUGUCACGGUGACAGCCAAGGCCCCACCCCCACGCGGCCUCAUCACCCACUUCCAUUUUAUAUCAUCCGCUCCCCCCCAGCAAUCCCACACAUCCCAACACGUAAGAUCGAACUCGGAUCCGUCCGUCAGCCAUGGCCCGGCUCGCCGCCCUCCUCCUCGCCUUCGCCGUCGCCGUCUCCGCCACCGCGCUGGCGCAUGGCCGCGACCUCCCGACCCAGAUCAAGCUGACCGAGGGCGGCGGCGCGGUGGGAGGCGACAGCCAGGAGUGCGUGUACACGGUGUACGUGCGGACGGGGUCGAUCUGGAAGGCCGGGACGGACGCCAACAUCACGCUGGAGCUCUACACCGCGGGCAACGCCGAGGGCGUGGCGAUCUCGGACCUGCCGUCGUGGGGCGGGCUCAUGUAUCAGGGCCACUCCUACUUCGAGCGCGGCAACCUGGACAUCUUCAGCGGGCGCGGGCCGUGCAUGGCCAGAGCGCCCUGCCGCAUGAGGGUGUCGUCCGACGGCACCGGCGCGCACCACGGCUGGUACUGCAACUACGUCGAGGUCACCGUCACCGGCCCGCACCGCGGCUGCGCCCAGCAGCUCUUCACCGUCGAGCAGUGGCUCGCCACCGACGCUGCGCCCUACAAGCUCGACGCCGUCGUCGACCGCUGCCCCGCCGAUGGCCCCGGCGCCGCCGCCGCCGCCGAGUAAGACCGAGCACGCUGUAUGUACGCCGGCCUCCUCGUGUGUUGUGGUUGGUAACGGCCUGACAGGUAGCAAUAAGCUGCGGGGACGUGCGUGUCGGCCCCGUGAUCCCCGUGGCACGGGGAUUGUAGACUACUACUACUACUUAUUAGUAGAUGAGUUCGUGCUGCUGGUGGCGAAAUAAUUGGGACCUGGUUUGUAAUUGUAUGUGCCAUGAGUGAGAGUUGUGACUAGUUAGUUGCGGUGAUGGUUUUGUAUGUGGUUGAUGUUGGUGAUGGUUAUGUACGUUGUCGAUAUGGCAUCUGCAUUUGUGUGGA